AUGGAUAAAGAAAAUGUUCCAAGUAAUGUUGCAAUUACAGGUAAUUCGUCAGAUUCUGAUAUAUCUGACCAAGUGUUACUUGAACUUUCCCGAGGAGAGAUGAACAAACUCGUAAAGGGGAGAAGUGACGGAGACGAUUUAAGGAAGCGACGUACAGCACUGAAGAGAAAACUAUCGAGCAUCAGAACCAGAUCUGAGCAAAGAGAAGCUAUGGAACUUAAGAGGCGACUAGAUGAGAAAACAAAAAGGACCGCUACCUUGAAACCCACAGAUCCGAUUAAAGUCUCUGUGAAGCAUAGGGAGAAGUUUGAACGGCUUUUAGAACUGUGGGAAUGUGAUCUUGGAUCGAUAACAGAAAUAAAUGAUAAAUAUGGCGUAUGUUUCAAAGAAGAGUUCGCAAUAGGCAGGGGCAGUUAUGGCACAGAGGUGUAUAUUUGCUUGGGCUCUGACGGAGUAGAACGAGCAAUAAAACGUUUGCCAAAACAUCUGUGUAAGAAAUUUUUGAAGAAUGAACGAGAUAUCUUGAAUUCUCCGAAUGCAGUUGAGUCGCCACGAAUUGUAAAUUAUUGUUUCUAUGAUACUUCCAACGAUGAUUUCGGUUAUUUGAUUCUGAGCUUAUACGAACAGAAUCUUGAAGAAUUUAUCAAGGAGGAAGGCGAAAGGAUGACAAACUCGCGUGCUAGAAAGAUGAUACAUCAAGUGUUAGAAGGGUUGAAAGCAUUACACGCUAGAGAGCCAAGAAUUCUGCACAGAGAUUUGAAGCCAACUAAUAUACUUGUUGAUGUGUAUGGUAAUUUACUGCUGUCUGAUUUUGGUAUUGGACGCUUUUUCCCAAAACAAGGUAUUUUCACAAGAUAUAUAUUUAAUAUAUAUAUUAAAUAUGUUCAUCGUAAAUGUAAAGUAUGA